CGCACACGCACAAACACACACGUUACCGUUCAGCCUUCCGCUUCGACCUGGAGACCGCGAGCAUCAUGCUAGGCACCGCGAGCGCGCGCUCGGUGCGGUUCCCGUGCUGAGGUGUCGGUCGCGCGCGUGUUUCUGAGCUCGAGCUCCGCGGAGCCGCCGGAGGAGGAGCGGCGGCCCGCCGUCAUCAUGGAUCCGCUUUCCGCCCUCCCGGAGCCAGAUGAUGCUGAAAUAACAGGCGGCGGCGCGGCGGCAGCGGAGGGACCCGCUCAGAGUGAGAUCCCGAAGGUGUCUCUGUGUCCCCCGGACAGUGAGGACGCAGAGUCCCCCACCUAUCACCCCACUAUAGAGGGAGAUCAGGUAAACAGUGUGUCCAGAUCAGCGUCCUCGUCUCACCUGUACGACCCGGUGUCUCAGAGCCGCGUCUACCCGUCCCCUCAGCUGCAGAGAUGCCCGUGCUGCGGACACCACCACCAGAUCCACCGCAACGCCUGCCUGAACCACAGCAACCCUCCGUCCCACCCCGACGCCGUCCAGACGCUCCACAGGUGCAGUCCCUUCCACCAGCCCACCUGUCACAACACCCUGCAGUGCCCCUGGCUGCAGGGGUCACGAGACGCAGGAAACUACAAACCUGUUCAGCAUCACGUGGUGACAGUCAGGACUGAGAGACUCCACCGGAUCCCCAAAAGUUACUCGCAGGUUAUAGUGGAAUACCCGAAGACAGUACUGAUCUCCUGUGUGGUGGUUCUCCUGGCGUUAUCACUGGUGGGGAUUUUGGUCGGCCCCUUGCCGGACUUCUCUGAUCCUUUAUUAGGGUUCGAGCCCCGUGGAACAGAUAUUAGUAUCCGGAUGGCAGCCUGGACCAAACUGCAGGAAAACACAGAGCCUGGGAAAAUGCUGUCUUUCACUUCUCAGCAGUUUCCAGAUAAGAGCAUAACACAAGGGGUCACCAGUAUGACCAGCAGAGCUCAGCAUCACUUCAAACAUCCCACCAGGAGAAUGCUGCACCGAGACUCUGCUGAAAACAGCUUCUUCUGCGAUGGUUUAGGCGAUCACUACGCCCAGCUGGUCUUCCGCUCGGGAAACUCUGCCAGUCUCUGGAGUCUGAAGGCCAUUUACUCCAUGUGUGAGAUGGAACAGACUCAGGUUCGCUCAGAUGCACGCUUUGAAAAACUGUGUGAGGUCAAACCGAGGGAUGCUGACUCUACGGGGGAAUGCUGUCCGAGCUGGUCUCUGGGAAACUUCCUGGCACUUCUCAACAACGUCUCGUCCUGCUUCAGUCUCACAGCGCAGCAAGUUUCUGAGAGUCUGAACCUGCUCAGAUACUGCGCUCCGUACUACCACCAUGGAAGCCUGGUGGCUUCGUGUGCAGAAAGAAGCAAACAUGGAUCCUGUGCAUCUGUUCCACACGACUGCAAACGCUCCGUCAUCAUCUUCCAGAUUCUACACUACCUGGUGGAUAAGGAUUUUCUCGGCCCUCAGACUGUUGAGUACCAGGUUCCAUCUUUAAAAUACAGCGUCGUGUUUCUACCAGUGACAAAAGGAGAUCAGUUAAUGCAGAUUUAUUUGGAACAUCUUGACGGGAAAGAGCUCACUCAUAACACCACCACCAUAACGGGGAUGGACCUGGGGAUUAAACAAAAGCUUUUCAAGUAUUACCUCUCGAGAGACUCAGUCUACCCGAUCCUUACCGUCCUCGCUCUACUGACUGCAAUGGCCUUAUACCUCAAAUCCUUAAUUUUGUCAGUUAUGUCCCUGGCUGCGGUCACUUUAUCACUUUUGACGUCGUAUUUCUUCUAUAAAGUCGCCUUCGGCGUGACUUUUUAUCCGCUCCUCAAUCUUUCAGCGAUUCUGAUCCUUCUGGGAAGCUGCUCCAAUCAAGCCUUUACUUUUAUUGACUCCUGGAAGUUACAAAUGAGCCAUAAUCCUCCAGCUGCACUAGAAAAGAGAAUGCACCGGGUCCUGCAGGAAAUGGGGUACCUGAUAUUGGUGUCCGGCCUGACCUCUAGCGUCACGUUCUACUCAGGCUACAUAAGCAGUAUCACAGUGGUGAGGUGCUUCGCUGUGUACCUUGGUACCGCUUCUUUAAUCAAUACGCUGCUCGCUCUGGUUUGGCUCCCCUGUACGGUUGUGUUGCAAGAGCGCUACGCAGGAAAGACGUCAACUUUUUCUAACAAGCCAUCAUGGACGCCAUGCUGUUCUAAAAAAAUUCCUGGGGGAUUCUGGCACACGAGUUCCAGGAAGCGGUGCCUUUUUAAAAUGGGACAGAAAAUUCGCAGUCUCAAGCGAGGUCUUACCGAUACAUCGAAUUUACUUUUCCUGAAAUUCCUUCCCUGUGGCGUAGUGAAGUUUCGGUACAUAUGGGUCUGCUGGUUUGCGGUGCUGGCUGCGGGAGGAAUUUACAUAUCCUGUGUUGAUCCAGGAAUGAAAUUACCGUCCUCGGAGAGUCGAGCAGCUCAACUGUUCCGCUCCAGCCAUCCUUUCGAGAGGUACGAUGCAGAAUACCGCCACCAGUUCAUGUUUGAGCGAAUGAAACAAGGAGAGGAUGAACCCAUGACCUUGACUCUGAUUUGGGGAGUCGUACCGAAAGACGACGGCGAUCAUUUCAAUCCAAGAAGCAACGGCUCCUUCGCCUUGGAUCCGGAAUUCAACAUGACCAGUUAUGAAGCUCAAAAAUGGUUGCAGGACUUGUGUGGAAAGAUCAGAAACCAGAGCUUUUAUGCAGAGCCGUCGGCCGAACACGUGGGUGAAGCAGUGAAGGACAACAGCUGCUUUGUGGUCGACUUGAUUCGCUGGGUGUCUCUCCGCCGCUGCUCUGAGGAUGUGAGCGAGGAUGCUUUCAGCUUCUGCUGCAACAACAUCUCUUUUCCCUACCCGCCUCACGUUUUUGAACAGUGCCUCAAAGUUAUGGCGGCAGAGCAGCAAACAGAGGCUCAAUCGCCCAGGACUGGAGGUCUUCGGUUUGAUUCGCACGGUCAAAUCGCUGCCCUAGUUGUAGUGUUCAAGACUAACCAGCGUUACAGCUUCAGUUUCAACACGACCUCACAUUUCUACAAUCAGAUUGCGUCUUGGUUUGAUACAGAGAUUGCUGGAGCUCCAACAGGACUCAAGAAAGGCUGGUUUGUGAGCAAAUUAGCGCUGUAUGACCUCCAGCAGUGCCUGAGCAGGGAAACCUUAGAGGUCGCAGGCCUUUCAGUAGCACUUACGUUUUCCUUGCUUCUGCUUACCACGUGGAAUAUCCUUCUGAGCCUUUACGUCACGGUUGCGGUGGGGGGAAGUGUUUUUGCAACCAUUGGCCUGCUUGUGCUUCUGGAAUGGCAGUUAAAUAGCGUGGAAGCCCUGUUUAUUUCGGCUGCUGCGGGAAUGUCUGUUGACUUUGCAACCAAUUACUGCAUUUCCUACUGUCUGGCUCCACACAACGACAGACUGGGCAGAGUAGCACAUUCCUUAAAGAGAAUGGGUUGUCCUGUAGCCAUAGGGGCUGGAGCUUAUUUUUGCGUGGGCAUUAUCAUGCUACCAGCGACUGCUUUGCUUUUCCGUAAGCUGGGGAUUUUUCUACUUCUUGUGAAGUGCGUGGCUUGCGGAUUUGCCACUUUCUUCUUUCAAUCGCUCUGCUGCUUCUUUGGUCCUCAGAAGAACUGUGGGAGAAUAAUUCUACCCUGUGCGACAGAGAGAGCCACGGAAAAUACACUGCCUUCAUGUUCAGCCGCAGAACCCGGAGCUGCCAAUCCUUCCGCUAACGGAACGUUCGGCUGCGGCUCAGGAUCCGGAUGCAGAAAGAGCUUCAGUAAGGAAGGCGGCGGAGGGUUCCUCUGCCCGAAUCAACAGCGUCACCGGCAGCAGCAGGCAGGGGUGAAGAGGGAGCCGGAGCAGUACGAGCUUCAGCCGCUAGCCUGUCAUCUGAGUGACAGCUUUGAGAAUAGCACUUGCACCAGCAAGCUGUCCAACAGACCUUCUGUGCUUUCGGAUGACAUAGAGUUCUGUGGUCUCAGUCCAAAGCGCGAUUAUGACAGGAUUAGCAUGGAAGCUGACAGUGAGGAGAUGGGAAGCAAGAACCCUCCCCCAGCACUGCAAACCUCCUCCCCGUACAAGAGGAGCGUCCUGCGAGCUCAGAGUGAUCUAGUGAAGGAGAGGCUUCUGUGCAAGAAAUGUCGCGGCCAAUCUGUUGCCGGAAUGAAGCUCUGGAACGCUUCCAUAUCGUCAUCUUCCAGCAUGGAAGAUAUCACAGGAACCGAGGCGAAGAGCAUCGUCAACAGAAGGUCACUGUCUAUGGACGAAGCCACGGCGUGUCAUCCACAUAAACGACUUCUUUCGUGUCAGUCUCAAAGCUCUUUCGAGGGACUCGAGGAUUCUAACGAGACGUGCUUGAGUGACAUUGAGCCCAACGUCUCGGUCCCUCCGUCCGUCGCGACGGAGAGCGACGGCGAGCCACGACCCGGCCACCUUAACGGCAAGAGAGACACUCUGCGUCUGUCCUUGAGAGAAACUGUUUACGACAAUAACUCUCCAGGUUCUGGAAGGGGACGGACGAGCCAAAGCGACCUACCGGUGAUCAUUCCGAACAGUAAGCCAGACAUGCCAGACGUCUGGCUGAAGAGGGACGGCCGAGGCGAGGACAGCAGCUGACGGAAAAGCGUUCAGCGAGACUGUUCUCAGCAUGUUCAAUUCUCAAGCUGUGGUGAACUUGUACAGAGCAUCUGAUAAAUUGUAAAAGUAUAUAAACAUAUAUAUAUAUACAUAUAUUUAACUGAACUCGACUGUAAACGCAUACAGCACACUACACUACAGAGAUCUAUGCCUAAAUCUGCUACCUGCCUGCAGGUGAUUACAGAUCUAUAAACACACUACAGUAUAGAUCACACAUUUCUGUGCAAUCCUUUACAUUUAUUUCACAAAACAAAAAACAAAAAAAAAGCUCCACAGGCGACACCGAUGUCACUGCAUGUCUUUCUGUGUGAGCACCGCUAUACUACAGUAUGGGUGUGAGGUAUGAGAGGUAUGAGCCUGUCCCUUGUGGCCUUGUGUUUCUGUUUUCUAACUAAAACUAAAAUUGUAUUUUAGAACUUCUCAAAGCAUUACGGUGCCUGUACCUGAACACAACAACACAACAACAAGGCCAGAGCGGCUCACCGGAGCCUUGUAGUUUUAAACACAAAAGAAAAUAAAAAAAGUCCUUGAGUGUUUUUAUUUUAGAUGGUUUAGAUGGUUUGUAGCUUUUGCUCAUGAUUUCCCACAGUCGUAUCAGAUUGUUAUGACCACCUUUCUUGUUUCUACACUCUUCUACGCUGUUAAUUUGAUCAGCUUCACUUAUUAUAUAGGAGCAUUUUGUAGAUCUAUAACUUUAUUAUCUGUAUAACCUUUCUUACUGUUCCUCAGGCCCCACAGGACUCCAGCCAUAGUCUCAUGUUCUCAAGAAGCUGUCUACAGAAUACACACUGUUGUCUGUAUACAUUAUUUCUGGUUGGUGGAUAUUCUCAGUCAAGAAGUGAUAAUCAGGUGUUCAAAAACUUCAGCAGCACUGCUGUAUCUGAUCCACUCAGACCAGCACAAUAUACAGCUCUGUAUAAAAUGAAGAGAGCACUUCAGUUUCUGAAUCAGUUUCUCUGAUUUUGCUAUUUAUAGGUUUAUGUUUGAGUAAAAUGAACAUUGUUGUUUUAUUCUAUAAACUACAGACAACAUUUCUCCCAAAUUCCAAAUAAAAAUAUUCUCAUUUAGAGCAUUUAUUUACAGAAAAUGAGAAAUGACUGAAAUAACAAAAAAGAUGCAGAACUUUCAGACCUCAAAUAAUGCAAAGAAAACAAGUUCAUAUUCAUAAAGUUUUAAGAGUUCAGAAAUAAU